UAUAAUUGUAUGACAAAUAUUUAUUUAGCAAGUAUCAAAUACGUACUUUAUUUACAAACCGAAAAAAGGAUUUAUUUUCAUCAAAAUAAUUAAAAACCCUAUCCCAUCGCUAAGCAAUCCAGUGAACAUUCUAGAUUAUCUUGUUGAACAUUGUACAGACAUACCUGACGAAAAGCAAACAAAAUGGUAUCUGCAGCAAAAAUCAUUUAUCUUGUUGCAUUAGUCACAGCUGUUGUAUGUGCUGUCAUAGCAUUAGCAAUAAGUCCAUUUAUGAAAGGUAAUGCUUUGGUGACUAAUUCACAGAAAGUCAAUUUAUCAUUUAUAAUCAUUGGUACUGUCUUUUUAAUUGUAGCGGCAAUACUUGUAAUUAUUACAUUUAUCAAAUAUGACACUAUGGUGUUUAUGAUUAUUAUAAUUGUAAUAUUGGGAUUAGCAAUUUUAUGCUUCAUCAUUGCACUUGUUGUGAUUGAUAUGAAUCCAGGAUAUUUAGGUUGGUUAUUAGCAGCUUUAUGGGUAACAUUCUUAUGCCUUCUAAUCGCUAUAAUAAUAUGGAUAACAAAUAGCGAUUAAAACAAUAUUUAUUGACAUAUAUAUGCAUCUAUGUAUGUAAACAUUUCUUAAAUUUUAAUAAAUACAUGAAAACAUUUAUUAUUCUACCACUUUAUAUUCUUCUACAAUGAAUCAUAUUUUUACCUCAGAGAAUAUAUUUAUUUAACUUACAGAAUAUACUUUUAGAUAAAUACUUU